AUGUGGACGAGGUCCUGUGGCCUGACCCCAGGCCAAAAUGCGCUGGAGGUGAGAGGACACUGGGGCAGCAAGGUGGAGUUUCUCCUUGCCGUUGCUGGGAAUGUGGUGGGCCUAGGCAAUGUGUGGAGAUUUCCGUAUUUGUGCUACAAAAACGGCGGGGGUGCAUUCCUGGUGCCAUACCUGGUGUUUGUGGUGACAUGUGGUGUACCACUCUUCCUUUUGGAGACCUCAAUGGGCCAGCACACCCAAGAGGGGAGUGUCACAUGCUGGAUGAAGCUUUGCCCACUGGCUGAAGGUAUAGGCUAUGGGGGACUGCUGAUCUUGCUGUACAGCUGCAUGACCUACAUCAUUGUUCUGUCCUGGGCUCUCUUCUAUCUGGUGUUCUCCUUUACCUCUACAUUGCCCUGGAGCACCUGUGACAACUAUUGGAACACAGCGGAUUGUGUCGAGACUACAAUGAGGAAUCACACAAAUCACACUAAAGGGACCUCAGCAACGAUUGAAUUCUGGGAACGUCGAGUGUUAAAAAUGUCAGGAGGUAUUGAGGAAAUUGGCAGCAUCAGGUGGGAGGUGCUCCUGUGCCUUCUGGCUAUGUGGUUCCUUUGUUACUUUUGCGUCUGGAAAGGAGUUAAAUCAACUGGAAAGGUAGUGUAUUUUACAGCCACAUUCCCUUACGUGACGCUCCUCAUUCUUUUGAUCCGAGGGCUCACUCUUCCGGGAGCCAGACAGGGAGUGGAGUUUUAUCUUUUGCCUGAGCUGUCGCGACUCAGUGACCCUCAAGUGUGGAUGGAUGCCGGCUCGCAGAUUUUUUUCUCAUAUAGCAUCGGUGUGGGGACACUGACUGUACUGGGCAGCUACAACACCCAAAACAACAAUUGCUACAAGGACAGCUUUUGGCUGUGCUUGUUGAACAGUUGUACUAGUAUGGUGGCUGGCUUUGCUGUCUUCUCGGUGCUAGGAUUCAUGGCUCACGAGCAAGGGGUUGCUGUCGCAGAGGUGGCUGAGUCAGGUCUAGGCUUGGCGUUCAUUGCAUACCCUCUGGCAGUGGCCAUGAUGCCGUGGCCUCAAGUGUGGUCCAUCUGCUUCUUUGUCAUGCUGAUCCUCCUGGGACUAGACACAGAGUUUGUUACCAUUGAGGUGGUGAUGACGUCUGUCUCGGACAUAUUUCCCAAAGUGAUGCGUCAGGCAGGCAAGCGGGAAUGGUUCCUUCUACUGUUCUGCAUCAUGUGUUUUUUUUUGCAGCUCGUCAUGAUCACCGAGGGAGGGAUGUACUUUUUCCAGAUUUUUGACUACUACGCUUGCAAUGGGGCCUGCAUCCUCUUUCUUUGUGUGUUUGAAAGCUUGGCAAUGGGCUGGAUAUUUGGUGCAGAGCGACUGUGCAGCAUCAUAGCAGACAUGACAGGCGAGCAUGCAAAUGUGUACUUUAAAGUCUGCUGGCGCUUCCUGACCCCAUUUGUUUCACUGGGCUCUUUUGUAUAUUUUCUAGUUGAGUACAAGCCACUUACAUUCAACCGCAGGUACCGGUUCCCUACCUGGGCCCACGUAAUGGGCUGGAUGAUGGCCCUCUCUUCCAUCCUGCUGGUACCAGGUUGGGCGCUGUUCAAGCUAAUCACCACAAAGGGAACUCUCAGUCAGCGCCUCCAUCGUUUGUGCUGGCCCGAGCCAACUGACUGCUUGAGGGACCCAAACAGAGACACAGUGCUGCAACACAUCACUGAAGAUGAGCCAGAGGAAUUCUGA